UCAAUCUCGGAGUUAAUAACAAGAUGACACGUCAAGACGGACGCUUUAAUACGGCGGGCGGAGGUAUCACUCAUCUCUCUAUCUUCUCUCUCUUCUCUGUAGUCAGUCUUUGAGCUUGACCGGGUUUCUCACGGUCAGCGGUGAUCUGACCAGGAAGAAGCUUCUUCACCACGAAAAAAGCAGAAGACCAAUUCCAAAUCCUCAUCGAUUCCUCUGCUUGGAAAAUCACAGACUUACCCCUUCACGCACUCCCAAGACUUUGACGAGCUUUGCCAAACAGUACACACCAAAGAUAAGAUUUUUUUAUUUGCUUUUGUUUUCAACGUUUUUGCCAAACACUUCCAUUUGCCUUGCCUUCUUCACCCAUUUCAUGAAAACCAAACAGACAAACAAAUUCACUGCCUUUUUUCUGUCUGUCUCUCUCUUUUGGAUCUCUCCGAAGUCUGAGGUUUUGCUUCUUCAGAUGGUGUUUGAAAUUCUAUAGCUUCCUUCGAAGUUUGAGACUUUUUUGCUGGAACUGGAAGCCCUUUCGUUUGUGUUGGGCAAAGAUGUCUCCUGAACUGACAGCAAAUGUUCGACUUGUACGAUGUCCGAAAUGCCGGCAGCUUCUUGCCGAGUUGCCGGAUAUUCCGGUCUACAAGUGCGGCGGAUGUGGUGUCACUCUCCAAGCAAAAGCUCGAGUAAAUGGAUUGAGAAGCAAGAGCGCUAGCUUAAAUGACACUGAGGCAGCUCAGAGGAUUCGUUUGGAUCACGCUUCUGAAGAUAAAAAGUCCAGAAGUUCAGCUCGUAAUGCAACUCUUUCUGAAUCCGGAGAAUGCUCUUCAGACCAAGAGAAUGCGAGGGAUCAGAAGAAGUCGUCUGAAGGCAGCGAGUCUAGCACCUCAAGUACUCCUAAGGCUACUUAUCCUGAAUCAGGAAAUUGCUUUUCGAACCAAAACAAUGAGAAGGAUGAAGACAAGCCUUCCGAAGAAGAGAAAUCUAGCAGCUCGAGCCAUAAUGCAGCUCCUGGAGACCAAGAGAAUGAGAGGGAUCAGAAGAAGUCGUCAGAAGGCAACGAGUCUAGCACCUCAAGUACUCCUAAGGCUACUUAUCCUGAAUCAGGAAAUUUCUUUUCGAACCAAAACAAUGAGAAGAAUGAAGACAAGCCUUCCGAAGAAAAGAAAUCUAGCAGCUCGAGUAAUAAUGCAGCUCUUCCAGAACAAAACGACGAGGGGGAUCGGGGUAAAUCUUCAGAAGACAACGAAUCUAGCAGCCCAAGUACUCGUGAGCUUACUUUUCUUGAGCCAGGAAGAUACUCUUCGGACCAAAACAACGAGAAGAGUGAAGAUAAGUCUUCUGAAGUCAAAGAAUCUAGCAUCUCAACUCAAAAUGCAAGUCUUUCAAACCCAGGAGAAUACUUUUCGGACCAAAACAAGGAGAAGAGUGAAGAUAAGUCUUCCGAAGACGAAGGAUCUAGCACCUCAGGUCAUAAUGCAAGUCUUUCAAAGUCAGGAGAAUGCGCUUCAGAUCACAACAAUGAGACAGAUAAUCCUGUCAUUAGUAAAUCUUCAGAAGGUAAUGAAUCCAGCAGCUUAAGUCCUAAGGCUACUGUUCAAGGAGAAUGUUUCUCGGACCUAAACAAUGAGAAGGAGCAGAUUAAGUCUUCAGAAGGCAACAAAUUUAGCAGCUCAAGUCCAAAAUCUACUUUUCCUGACUCGGGAGAAUGUUUACUGGACCAAAACAAUGAGAGGGAUCUAAGUGAACCUUCAGAAGGCAAGCAGCUUAGCAGCUCAAGUCCUGAGGCAACUUUUCCUGACUCGGGAAAAUGCUUCUCAGAACAAGACAAUAAGAAGAGUGAAAUCAAGUCUUCUGAUGACAAGGAAUUUGGCAGCUCAAAUCAUGGCGCUACUCUUCCAGACUCAGGAGAGUGCACUUCAGAUCAAACCAGUAUGAAGGGUCCCAAUGAGUCUUCUGAAGAUUGUGAUCAUGAACAAGCUGGAGAUAUAAACUUACCAAAUGAAGACCAAAAUAAUCAGAGUGAUCAAAAUGAUUCUCGUGAUUUUGAUAGUGAGAAACUUGAAGUUUCCAAUGAAUUUUGUUCAUCGACUGAGUUUGCACGUGACGCAGUUAAGGAGACAUUACCAAAAACACGAAAAGGUGCAGAAGUAUCAACGAAUGAUGAGAGCUCACCUUUAGGAGAAACAAAUGUGGACGUAGGCAUCAACAAGGAGAUUGAUUCUGAUUUCCAGAGCUCAAAUACUGUAAAUCAGGGAGAAGUGAGGGGAAAUAGUUCAAUUGUUGCUGCUCAUAUGGCCGCACGGGAAAUCAUUUCAUCAGAUUCCUUUGAAUCUUCUCACAAUGAACAACAGGUGGAACCUCGGAAUAGUGUUCCUAAUGGCUUUGAUGUUACUGCUCAUAUGGCGGUAAGGGAAAGCAUUGCGGCGGAUUCCCUGACAUCUUCUCCUAAUGGGCAACUGAAGGAACCUCAGAAUAGUGCUUUUUCCAAAGGCUUUGAUCAUGUAGGGUCUCCUGAUGCAUUUGGAAAUACGGAGUUCUUCCCCAGCCUUGAGCUUAGCGGUGCACCUAGAGAUCUGUCGAGGUCCCCAGCAAAUAGAAGUCAUCAUGCUUAUGAUGCCAGUGUUUCUUCUUAUGAUGGCAUGGAUGAUCAGUUCUUCAACCGAAAUACACGUUCAAACAUUGUUCAUUCUGAAGAAAGAAUCCGAAGGGAUAAAUUCAUGGCGAAUAGCAUGAUGACUAGAGAUCCAGGAUUGCAACGUCAAGCAAGGGAUCCCUGGUCAAAUUUGCCUGUGAAGAAUGAUCAUGCGAUGAAAUACAGAAAGUGGGAUCAAGAUGCAUUACUGCCACCUAGAAGACAAGGCCAUCCAAGCCAAGAUUGGAAUAGAUUGCAGAGUGAUGAAUAUAUGUCUAGGAUGGCAUUCCGUCGAAGAGUUUCCCAAGGCGGAUACAAAAAUAGAGGCCUUACAAAUCAACUGCAUAACGAGUACCAGCACAAUUCAGGCUACCAAUCAUCUGAAAUGUCUGUGGAGGACAAGAGGACACUAUUGAGAAUGGUUUAUGAACUGCAGGACCAAGUUAACAAUUUGAAUGGAAAGGCGAGUGGAAGGGAUGCGAGAGGAGCCACUUGGAAGGAGAAGAGCAUGGCCCAGUACCGUGAUUAUGAGGCAUCCGAGGAGGAACUCUAUCAUGAUCCAAACUAUCAGAGGUAUCUGAGAAGACACAUGGCAGGCAGCCACUAUCCCCCCGAACACCACUGUAAAAACAUGCGUAUACCUUUCUCAAGUGAGGCAACAACCAGCAGGCACCAAGCUGAUUCUUCAUAUUUGCACUAUGAACCCCAAGACUGGCAGUGCUCAGCACCUUUGCCUCAACCCGUUCGUUGCUGCAACAAUGGGUUAUGUAGGGUUCACCCUGGUCACAGUUGCUGGACAUCCUAUGACGAGUCUCAUCCUUCAACCCCCGAACAGUAUGUGGAAUCUGAUUUUCCUCUUUGGGGCCGUGAAACAAUGUCUGAUGAUCUGAGGCACCAAAGGCAUGAUGUGAAUAAGCUUUACAGACAGAAACAACAUUUGGCUAAGCGACAUUUCCGACCCAUAGCAGGUGGAGCCCCUAUCAUAACUUGUUACAACUGCUCAAAACUACUGCAGAUACCUGCAGAUUUUCUCCUUUUCAAAAGGAGAUACCAUAGACUUCGAUGUGGGGCUUGCUUGGAGGUGCUCAGAUUUUCGCUCCGAAAGAGAUCGCAUAUUGUCCCCUAUGAACAGAAUGCUAUAGCCCCUCCUCCGAGUGAGGUUGGCGACUAUAAUGCUGCCGCUAAUGGCGGUAACUUGGCUCAACAUGCAGAUACCGUUUCAUGUUCGGAUGAUUAUGGUUACGGACCCUCUUACUACAACGGUUACUCUACUGACGGUGAUCCAGGAGCUCUCGCACCCUCCAACUCUCCCCGAGGCGAUUCAAAAAACCGGAAUAUGUCAUAUACUUCAUUGGAUCAAAUGAAAGAGAGGAAGGAGCUUGUUUUGAGACAGUCUCGGAACAAAGAUAAGAAUCCAAUUGAAACAUUUGUGCCAGCAAGACCGUCGUUAUCCUCAGAAAUCGAGGAGCUGCCAGCAAAGUCGAGUUCACCACUUCAUAAACUCAUGGGCUAUGCUUCGCCAAGCCAGGUGAUUAGAGGGUCAAGGAAGUAACAGAUUUCUCAGAGUAUGAUAACACGAAGCUCCGAGGAUUCUUCUCAAAUGGAAGAACUUAUUCGUCUCACAUACCGGACCCUGAAGCAUUGCAAAGUCGGAGAAAGUGAACAGAACCCUGACGGAAGCAAAGGUUUCCGGGAAGUGAUUCGAACACAGACAUUGCCGUAUUUUUGCCAUAUCUACAUGUUAGGACUUGAAAGUUUUUCGCGAAAGGACUCUUCUUUCGUUCUUUCUGAUAUAGUAUAUCCCACGAGUGAGUAUAUGUCAGAUGUAGAAAUCAAGUUUUCGAUCGUUGUGUGUAUAUACGAGUUUACCAGAGAUUUCUAUUUCA